AUGCCACCCAACACGGAACCCAUCAGCGCUGGGCCUCUCAUUCGACUUCUUGUCCUCUUCCUUGUCGCAGCAAACUAUCACAAGUAUUUACGGUGGAUAACGAAACCGUCUCCUGGGUUGAUGUUCAUAUUCAACAUGUGCAUCAAGGUAAAACUAGUUGCGACUUUGGCUGAAGCGCACGCAAUGCGAUUUGUUGCAGAACACACCUCCGUUCCCGUGCCGAAGAUAUACUGCGCCUUAUUCAUGAAUGGCAAAAUGGUGUGUCAGGGUUGGCGAUCCCGUUCGGAAGAGUCGAAGUCGAGAAUUUACACCCAGCUACGUCGGAUGAUCACCGAAAUCCGGUCUAUACCUGCUCCCGAAGGAACAAGCGUCGGCAGUGUUGACGGCGGCCCGUUCUGCGACUGUCGCUUGCCGUCAAGUCUACUCUGGGGACCAUUUUGUACCACCCGCGACUUCCACCAGGCUCUUGCGAACGAGUCAAACUCCCGGCCCGUCCUAACGCAUGGCGAUCUCAGUUGCCUGAACAUUCUAAUCGAAGGAGAUGAUGUGGUUGGCAUUGUGGACUGGGAGAUAGCAGGAUGGCUGCCACCGUACUGGGAGUACACAUGUGCCAAGAAUGUCAACCCCAUGAUGGAAUUUCGGGCUGAAGAGGUAGACAAGAUUUUGGAGCCCAUGCCACAUGAGUUGGAGAUGGAGAGAAUCAAGCGGAAGUAUUUCGGCGAUACCUGA